AUGGUAUUGGCGGCUGGUCGCCACAGCUGCCAUGCAUUGGUCUCUCGGCAAUUCCUGCCACGAUUAUUGGCCCGUGGUGUGUCGUCCACCACCCGACUAUUGGGUGCUUCGACGGCUCCUGCCGAAACGACGAGCCGUAUUUCGCGUCAAGACUUUUCCUUGGAAGUCCGAACGAUUGCCACGGAACCCGACAUGGUCAUCUCUCAUUUGAAAUCCAGACGAGCCAGUUCCGAAACCAUCGAGGCCGUCCAGACCAUUGCGUCGCUACAGGAAAAACGGGUGGCACUCAUUCAAGAACGAGACUCGUUCCUCAAUCAACGAAAGGAAGCUUCGGCGGUCGUCGGAAAGUUAAUGCGAGAACAAAGUGACGACACGGACGCCGUGGAAGCUGCCAAGGAAAAAAGCAAUCAAGCGGCAGAAGGUGCUGCCAAGGCAGAGCUGGAAUUGGAUGAUAUUCAAACACAAGUGGACAAUCUAUUUGCUGGUAUUCCCAAUCUGUUGGAUGAUAUCGUUCCGGAUGGUGAUGAUGAUACCCAAAAUGAACAAGUCUCGACAUGGGGUGACAUUGAAGCUCUUCCCAAGGAACUGGGAUGGACUGACGAUUUCACACCGGCUUGGCAUGAUGAUGUCGCGGCCAAACUGGGCGGGUACAAAUCCGAAGAGGCCGUCAAAAUGAGUGGAGCACGAUUUGUGGGAUUAUCUGGUAAAAUUGCCCAACUGGAACGGGCCAUUGCCAUGUACUUUUUGGACUUGCACACUUCCGAAGAACAUGGGUACACCGAAGUCAGUGUUCCACUCGUGGUGGGUCGAUCGGCAUUGGAAGGAACCUCCCAGCUACCAAAGUUUCAAGAAGAUCUCUUUGCCAUUACUCCGGAAUCUCAUACAUGUAAUGGAGAGGAUGCGUUCUUGAUUCCUACUGCCGAAGUUCCCGUGACGAAUCUGCAUCGGGACAGUGUCUUGGAAGAGAGCGAUCUACCCAUCUCCUACGUGGCAUGGACUCCCUGUUUCCGAGCCGAAGCAGGGUCUUAUGGCAGAGAUACCAAGGGUUUGAUUCGUACGCAUCAAUUUCAAAAGGUCGAAAUGGUCAAGAUUACCAGCGCCGAAACAUCCGACGAACAGCACGAAUUGCUCACCCAACACGCCGAAGCUUGUCUGAAAAAUUUAGAACUGCCGUAUCGCAAGGUACGGCUUUGUUCGGGUGAUAUUGGCUUUAGUGCUCGACACUGCUACGACUUGGAAGUUUGGCUUCCUGGUGCACAGGAAUAUCGAGAAAUCAGUUCCUGUUCCAAUACAGGUGAUUUCCAGGCUCGUCGCAUGGCUUUGCGAUACCGCCCAAAGGCGCCACAGGAACCAGAGAGCAGUAAUGAAGGUGGCAACAAAAAGAAAAAGAAGAAAGCCAAGAAGCCCAAGCCACAACUCUGCCACACCAUCAAUGGAAGUGGACUGGCUGUAGGACGCACUUUGGUGGCCGUUCUAGAAAACUAUCAAAGGCCUGAUGGCAGUGUUCUGGUGCCAAAAGUCCUUCGACCUUACAUGGGAGGACAGGAAAUCUUGGAGGUGCCAUAG